UCAGGCUUUCUCCAGCGUCCUUUAGGAAGUCUGCAUUAUUUUCUGAGCAGACAAGGUCUAUCUGUCUACUGAGCCGGGCUCUUUCUGUAGAGAGUGCCGCGUACAGCAGUCUUCUUGAAGCAGGAUACAUCUGGAAUAGAAAUGGAAAUCCUUAAGUGGUUCACAAAAUAUGAUACAUAUAUAAAGAUGAAAAUGUCUCAAGUCAAGCAGGUUGGCCUCUUGGCAGCUGGAUGCCAACCAUGGAACAAAGAUGUUUGUGCUGCUAGCGGAGACAGGUUCGCAUACUGUGCCACCCUUGCUAUUUAUGUAUAUCAGUUGGAUCAUCUUUACAAUGAGUUCAAGCUCCGUGCAAUCAUGUCAGAACAUAAAAAGACAAUCACAGCCAUUUCAUGGUGCCCUCACAACCCUGACAUGUUUGCAAGUGCGAGUGCCGAUAAUUUAGUUAUUAUUUGGAAUGUGGCUGAACAGAAAGUGGUUGCCAGACUUGACAAUACAAAAGGAAUCCCUGCUUCUCUUAGCUGGUGCUGGAACUCAGGUGACGCGGUUGCGUUUGUUUCACACAGAGGCCCUCUUUAUAUAUGGACAAUUUCUGGCCCGGAUAGCGGCGUAGCCGUUCACAAGGAGGCACAUAGUUUUCUGUCAGACAUUUGUCUAUUUAGAUGGCAUCCAAAGAAAAAAGGAAAGGUUGUCUUUGGGCACACAGAUGGCAGCCUUUCUAUCUUCCAGCCAGGAUGCAAAAGUCAAAAGCAUGUUCUGAGGCCGGAGUCUCUUGAGGGAACAGAUGAGGAGGAUCCAGUGACCGCUUUGGAGUGGGACCCGCUAUCCACAGAUUAUCUUCUAGUUGCUAAUUUGCACAAUGGAAUCCGGCUGGUAGAUUCUGAAUCCUUGUCUUGCAUCACGACAUUCAGCUUCCCGAGUGCCGCUGCUUCUGUUCAGUGCUUGGCUUGGGUACCAAGUGCUCCAGGCAUGUUUAUUACAGGAGAUUCUCAGGUCGGAGUACUGCGUGUGUGGAACGUGUCCAAGACGACUCCCAUAGAUAAUUUUAAACUAAAAAAGACUGGCUUCCAUGCUUUGCACGUGCUAAAUUCUCCGCCAAAGAAAAAAACACAUUCGCCAACUAAAAACCAUCACAUAUCAUCUACCAGCGAGGCAGUGCCUCCACCAACCCUGACACAGAACCAAGCUUUCUCCCUGCCUCCUGGUCACGCGGUCUGUUGCUUUAUGGAUGGUGGAGUGGGGCUUUACGACAUGGGAGCCAAAAAGUGGGAUUUUUUGAGGGAUCUGGGUCAUAUCGAAACCAUCUUUGACUGUAAAUUUAAGCCAGAUGAUCCUAACCUAUUAGCUACUGCAUCUUUUGAUGGAACAAUAAAAGUUUGGGAUAUCAAUACACUGACUGCUGUGUACACAUCACCAGGCAAUGAAGGAGUCAUUUAUUCUCUCUCUUGGGCACCCGGAGAUUUAAAUUGCAUAGCAGGUGCAACCUCCAGAAAUGGGGGAUUUAUUUGGGAUGUUAAGAAAGGGAAAAUGAUAACUCGUUUCAAUGAACAUGGGAAAAGUGGGAUUUUCUGUAUCUCUUGGAGUCACAAAGAUUCUAAACGUAUUGCAACUUGCAGUGGUGAUGGAUUUUGCAUCAUCCGAACAAUUGAUGGAAAAGUUCUGCACAAAUAUAAACACCCGGCAGCUGUGUUUGGAUGUGACUGGAGUCAAAAUAACAAGGACAUGAUAGCAACUGGGUGUGAAGACAAAAAUGUCCGGGUCUAUUACCUGGCAACCAGUUCUGAUCAACCUCUGAAGGUUUUCACUGGGCAUACAGCCAAGGUGUUUCAUGUGAGGUGGUCCCCCCUUAGAGAGGGAAUCCUCUGCAGUGGUUCAGAUGACGGCACUGUCCGGAUCUGGGACUAUACGCAAGAUGCCUGUAUAAAUGUUCUCAGCGGGCACACCGCUCCAGUCCGGGGUCUUAUGUGGAAUACGGAAAUCCCUUACCUUUUAAUAUCAGGAAGCUGGGAUUACACCAUACGUGUUUGGGAUACAAAGGACGGAACAUGUUUGGACACUGUUUAUGAUCAUGGGGCAGAUGUAUACGGUUUAACCUGCCACCCGAAUCGACCAUUCACAAUGGCAUCUUGUUCUAGAGAUUCCACUGUGAGACUCUGGUCACUUACACCGUUAAUAUCACCUCUGCAAAUUAAUAUCUUGGCAGACCGUCCAUGGGAAGAAAUUAUUGGUAACACUGACCGUGCAAUGGAACCUGGAGCACCACCCCUACUAUGUGGAAAAGUCUCCCGUGACAUUAAACAGGAGGUGGAUAAACUGACCGGUAAUCAGAGGGGAAAGAAAUUAAGGUGGUUUUCAGAAUGUCUUUCUCCUCCUGGAGGUAGUAAAAAUUUAUGGGACUUGAUUGCUGUUUUGAAAGGUCAAGAUGACAGUUUGCUUCCACAAAACUACUGCAAAGGAAUUAUGCACAUGAAACAUUUGGUUAGAUUUAAAACAUCUAAAGCACAAGAACUAACGACAGUAAAGAUGUCGAAAUUUGGUGGUGGAAUUGGUGCACCCAGCAAAGAAGAGAGGCUAAAAGAAGCCGCAGAGAUCCACCUGAGACUGGGACAGAUACAGAGAUACUGUGAACUAAUGGUGGAGCUUGGAGAGUGGGACAAAGCAUUAUCGGUUGCUCCAGGUGUUUCUAUGAAAUAUUGGAAAAAAUUAAUGCAAAGGCGGGCAAGUCAGCUCAUUGAAGAAGAAAAUGAUGAUGUCAUUCCUUACUGCAUCGCUACCGGAGAUGUCAAGAAGCUUGUCAAUUUUUUCACUUCCAGAGGACAACUUAAAGAGGCUUUACUUGUGGCACAGUCAGCUUGUGAAGGAAAUAUCCAGUCUGGUCAUGUUUCAGUACCGGUGGCAUCCACGACAGAUGGAAAUAACGUAGAAGAUCAUAAUGAACUUCUCCACUCAGUCAGCACACAGUUGGCAGAAUGGUAUUUUCAGGAUGGACGGGCCGUGCUCUCGGCGUGCUGUCAUUUGGCUGUCGAUAAUAUUGAGCUUGCCAUGGCUAACCUAAUCCGUGGCAAUGAGCUGGAAUUGGCUGUGUGUGUGGGCACAGUGAUUGGGGAGAGUGCGGCACAAGCAACACAAUAUGCGUUAGAACUACUGGCGAGGAAAUGCAUGACUGUUACCACAUGCUUCCCAUCCCUAGGAUACAGGGAUCUGGCUGCCGAUCUCCUCAGGAUGAUACCAAACAAUGAACUCUUUCUUGUCAAGCUGUGUGCAUUUUAUCCGGGAUGUGCUGCAGAGAUCAACGAUCUACAUACCAAAUGUAACUUGCCGCCAAUGGAAGACUGUGUGCAGCUAGCAGAGAGUUCGCACUCUGAUGGAGAUAUAUUUCAAGCGGUCAAGUAUUACUUAUUAAGUACCGAACCUGAAAAGGCUCUUCCAAUUGGGAUCCACUUUGUAAAAGAACAAAUUAGCAGUUCAGAUUGGACUUUAGACUCUAUAUGUCCGAUUCUUGACCUCCUCAGCUACAUCCGCACAGAAAGAUUGGUUCUUCACAAAUGUAGUGAAGUUCGUAAUGAGCUGCUUAUACUAUGUGGAUACGCAGGUGCAUUGCUAGCUAUAAGGAGAAACUAUGCGAGCAUUGUUCCUGCACUCUAUGAGUAUACAAGCCAGCUGCUGAAACGCCGUGAAGUAUCUGUCCCCCUAGAGAUAAAACAGCUUUCCGAGGAAUUAGAGGCUUGGAGAGUGUGUACUCUGUCCUCGAACAAGACAUGUGAAGAUCUUCCAUACACACCUCCAACAGAGUCACAAAGAAAGGUUUACGCAAGCCUGCUAUCGAAAAUAAAAGAAGAGCCUCUGAAAGGAUUGAUCGGACCAGAUUAUGUCACAGGAUCCAAUCUUCCAAGCCACUCUGAUGUGCAUAUAUCUUGUCUGACAGGGUUACGAAUACAGGGCCCUGUGUUCUUUCUGGAGGAUGGCAAAUCUGCAAUUUCCUUGAAUGAUGCUUUAAUGUGGGCAAAAGUGAAUCCUUUCUCACCUUUAGGAACAGGAAUACGACUUAAUCCCUUCUGAAAUAUUUCUGUUAUUUGCUUUCAGCUUUCUACCGGAUAACACAUGCAGGUCUGGAUAGGACUUACGUACUUCUGGUUUCUCCAACUUUCAUAGUAAUUCAUAGAAAUGGUUAAGUCAUAACCCAGUCUUAUACAUGAUGGAAAAUACAUUUUCCUCUUUGACUGCCCAAGACCAACAUGUUAUAUCAUAUGGGCUACAUUUUACAACGAAUAGAUCACAUAAGCAAUGCCAGUAGGUCAAUAGUUUCUGUCUGAUUAGAGCAUCAUUAGCUGCUUGAUGUUCAUACUUUUGUUGUACAUAUGUCAAAAUAUAAAGGAUUUAAAUUGUGAAAUUUAUAACCAUUUUUAAGUAAUUUGUACUGUAACAAUGUGUCUGGUACAGCACUCAGUAGAAAUGUGUAAGCUUGUGAUCAUAAACAUUAUACCUUAUAUAAUUUGUUUAUACAACUGUUGCCCAUACUGAAUAAAUUCUAAAACAUGGCCAUAGUUUUCUUUAAGUGAGAGAUUUUAUACAUUUUGAAAUAUUUUUUCCAUGUAAAGUCAUGGUCUCAUGCUUUUGCUCUAUUUUUAUAUUAGCUGGCAUAUAUGUAGUUUUUUUUUAGU